UACCAUCACCGCAAAGAAGGCCUUUAUGCAAGCAUAGGUGAAAUUUUCAGCUCUUUAAUAAUGAAAAAUUGUAAUUUAUGCUAAUUGGUGUACCGAAAGCUUCUUGAACUCUUCGUUAUCUGUCAAUCCACCAGUAGCAAACAAUAGCAAUUGCAAUUGCAGUUCGCCAUAAGUUCAAUAAACUGCAGUUGCAGCGGCAGCAGUAGCAGUGGCAAGCAUAAGCAUUUUGCUGUCUGCCAAUGUUUGUACUGGUUAGUACGGUGUCUGACUCGAUACUUCUGUGAAAUCGUCGGUUUCAGAUUCUGAGAGCAUUUCUCAUCAUGAGUGCUGGUCGUGCCGGCGGCCCUCCUGGCCCCCUGCUGUUGCCACCCUGGCACGGUGGGAAAAGGCGUCGAAUGUUUGUUGAUGAGGACAAUGAUAACGAAGAAGAAAGGGAUGAAGAAAGGAUCAAAAAUCCCGAGAGUGAUGAAUCAGUUCCUGUAGUUGAGGAUGUAGCAACAAUCAAUGAUCUCCCAGAUGAAAUCCUCCUCAUGAUGUUUCAAUAUCUGGAUCCUUAUACUUUGGCAAAUGAUGCCAGUAAGGUGUGUCAACGAUGGCAACAGUUAGCUUGGGAUGAAGCUCCAUGGCGCAACAUGCAUUUGCAGCUUGACGGACCAGAAGCUAAAGAGGUUUUACUGAAGGCACCUGCUCUUCGUCGACUAAGUGUUCACUCAUAUGGUGGCUAUGAACCACUUUUAGAAUGCACCACACGCAUUUUUGAGCUAGUGAUUACCUACAGGCGUCUGUUUGAUGAACCGGAACCUGUUCCACCUUUGGAGGAAAGUCGCUUUGCAUUUGCAAACGUUCUUCCACGAUUCUCUGAAAAUUUGGAACGACUGUCUGUAGAGGUUGAUAUGACUGAAGAAGAGUUCAAGGCCAUAGAUGAUAAUCUUGACCUCAAAGAGCUGCGUAUUGUGUCCAAUAAUCUGCAAAAAUUCAAUGUUUGUAAUCGUCCUCGAAGCAGGUUUUUAGAGUAUGCUCACUUUGAAAAGGAUGGUGUUCUUUGCCAUCUUCCCUUGUCCCUGUUAGCCACCCAUGGACCACAUCUUCGUACAUUAGUUGGCAGGGUGGACGAGGUGGCAGCACAGGUGCUCUCUAAAUGCGAGUCCUUAGAAGCAGCAGAUCUAGAUUUACCAUCCAUUGCAAGCUUGCAGAAUAUGGAUUGUCUACAAAAUCUGCACACUCUGCGGAUAAGCUUCAGAGCUGAGAUGGAGACAGAAGACAGGGUAGAUUAUAGGACAGAGGAUCGCAUCAACCCUAUCUUGCCUCAUUUCUCACAGCGCCUGCUGCGCCUCUCUAUCUACCAGUUGCCAACAGCCUUUGUGCUUCCUGAAUCCUUUUUAGACAUUCUCAAUCGUUACAAAGAUCACUUGGAAAGUCUGGAAAUUGGCAAAGUCCAUUUUAGACACCAAACCCAUGGUAUUAAGGUCAUGAGAGCUAUUGAUGGAAUGCCUAAUCUAAGAUUACUUGGCAUGGGACUGGCUGCCUGGCCAGCAUAUCCUCUUUCACUUCCCUGUUUAGAAGUACUCAAGGCUGACAUGUUUAGCGAAUGGGUGUCGUCAGUGUUAGAAUCUAGCAGGAAGACUUUGAAGAAAGUAAUGGUAGAUGAAAUCCCUGAAAUCGUUGCGGAACAGUUCCUUUCCAACUGUGAGAAUUUGGAUGAGUGCAUCAUAACAUUUUCGUCACUUCAGCACUUAAAUAAUAUGGAGCGUCUUCACAACCUCACACUUCAGAUACCAGAAUCAGUUGACGAAGAUUUGUUUGACACCUGCUCUCCGAUUUUGUCAAGAGUUACUUAUCUACAAGCAGAAGGCAAAGGGGGUGAAAAAGAUCAUGAAUUAUUGGUGCUGCUUGGAGACCGUUGCACAGCACUCAAGAGAUUGACACUUCGAGGCUGGGGCAGAGAAGCUGGAAAGGGCUUAUGGAUGAGAAGCUUCAGAAAUGUUGAGUGGUUGACACUGGACUUUACAUUUCAGUUUCGCCGUUCCCUUGUACUCAGAUUGGUCAUGGGACACAUGCCCAAGCUAAGAGUUCUGUGUUUUGAAGAUCAAGAGGGAGAACAUGGUACAAUUUCAGAUUUGGAAAAACUUCAGGCCAUGCGUCCAGAACUUCGUAUUGAAGGCAGCUGGAAAGAAAGUGUGCCACUAGAUUACAAUAAUCUACAAUUAUGGCCACAACAAUGAAUAAACUCCAUCAAACCAACUGGCAGAACUGAAGAUUGUGAUAAUAGUUUUAUAAUUUAUUGAUAUGUUACUAUCAAAUUAUAUACGUACUUGUAUGAUUUGACUUGAUUUUAAGAAUUUAAGAAUGUUAUGAGUUUUCAUUUCAUCAUUUUAGAAGAAAAAACUUUGUUUCCAAACUUACAACUGUGUAAAUUUUGUGUGUGCUUCAAAGGAGAAUCAAUGCCAUAACACAGAGGCUGCAGACAUCAUUGAUUUUUAAUGUGUGCCAUUCUGGCAAAAUCAACCUCUGUUCUAAAGGAAUGGCAGAACAGACAGGAAUGCUGCAGGUUUUCCCUGUAAGCGCCAAGACCAUUGAACUCAUGUAAUGUAUGUUUAAAAAUUGACAUUGAUGUUUCGUAGCUGGUAUAAGUAGUAUUUAACCACCAGUAUUGAAAUAAUUUCAUGUGCUUUAUGUAUUGUAUGUUCUUUUCAAUGAGACGUAGAAAGAAUUACAUGUUAACAUUACCACAUAUCAAUUAUGGCUAAAUAUGAAUAUUGUUGUUGAUUUCUUGGGUUACAUAUUCUAUUGGAUUUUUGCAAAAAUGCUUACUGCACUAGAAAAAAUAUUCAUUGAUUUUGUUGACAAACAUCUAUAUUACAGUAUAUCUGUUGUUUGCCUUUCCUUCGUAGAUUGUAAAUUGCCAUUUUUACUUUGAAAGUCAUGCUGUAAUGGCUACUUUUUAUUUGUCAAAGAUCUGAUUUGUAAAAGUUUGUCUUAAAUCCUCUUCUUGAUGUGUAGAUUACAUUGAUAUUCUAUCAUUAGACACCUGUUACCAUUCGAAGUAGGUUCUUUGUGUAUAAUUGUUUCUGUAGAUGUGUAUUGUAGAUCUGUUUCUGUGUGCCCAUAAAAUCUUGUGAAUCAUGCUGUGACUUUGUGAUGGCAUCCUAACAAAAGAACAUUAAGUGAGAAAUUCUUAAAUCUGGCUAGGCAAUGCUGCUUUGCUUAGUAUGUAAACUUCACAGGAUUCUUUUUGUUCUAAAAUGUUGGCAUGUUAUUACGUCUUGAUUGUUUUGUAUCUCUGUUACCUGAGCUUGGGACAAUUUCUCUCUUCCAACUUACCAAUUGCUUUUGAAAUAAAAUUAUCAUGGAACUGAAUUAA